AUGAAUACAAAAGAAGUCAAUGAAAUCAAAGAUAGGCUCAAUGCCUACCAAGUCAGCUUCAUUGAAGGCAAGGAAGGAGAUCUCAUCCUAACAGAUGCAUGGAUUUACUACGGAGUUCUGGUUCAUGCCUACUUUGAUACCAGAGAAGGAAUCUCCUGUGACGGGUUCCUUGAAGAUGACCCUAACCUAGCAUUGGAAGAUAAGAAGGAAAAUGAAGCCAUUUCUCUGCAUGAGCACAAAGAUACAUGGAUUAGCGAGGAUCAAGAAGUUCUCUCUUUCAGAUAUCAUGCCGAAGAAAACGAUGAUACUAUCUUUCUCAAAAUAAUGAAAAACAGUGACAGCCAAAUAGAGGUCAACAUUCUUUCCAAAAAGGCAGACGAUCUGGACAAUUACAACUUGGAUCUCCCUGCUUCUCUAGAUUCUUUAAUGGACUUAGAUUCUUUAUUAAAGUCCAAGCCGGUUUCAGACCAAUUCUCCAACUUGACCAAAAAGUUCAUCAAAGAGAAGAAGCCUUUGCUCAAAAAGUCUAAACUUCUUGUUGAAGAUGUGCCUAAUCAUCCCUUCUCAAAUCCUGGAAUAGGAGGAAUUCCUGCAGGAGGGCCUUUAGGAGGCAUUGGAUCGGGAGGAUUCAAACCUUUUGGAGGUUUACAUGAUAUCGGGCCUAAUGGAGGCAGCAGCCUGAUAGGUCCAGGUAGUAGCGUCUUUAAUAACCCAGGAAGAUCUGGAGGUAAUCUUUAUGGUAAUGAUGAUCCUGAUGAUGGCUUGGGUUUCAACCCAAGUCCAUAUGGAAUGGGGGCAACUCCUGACAAUGAUGAUCUUCCACAGUUCCCAGGAUUCAGAAAAGGAGGGGGCUCAGGAGGAGGCUUCGGUGGUGGCCUAGGAGGUGGCUUCGGCGGAGGUUCAGGUGGUGGAACUUCUGGAGGCAAUUUCUAUAUGUAA